GCUUCCUGCUUCAAAUUGGUUUCUCGUGACAAAUCCUAUGACAUUUGGAUUGUGGAUACAAACACCAGCAGGUGUGCAAUCAUGGCAAGCAACAAAUUCCAAAUCGUGGUACAGGGAGAAGCAUCAGAAACUGAUUCGGAUGAUGAAGUGUACAUCACCUCUGCCCCUCCUGUCCAUGCAUCAUUAUCAUCAUCAUCAUCAGGUAUGAAGGUGGCAGGAGAAGCGUCCGAGACCGACAGCGAGGAUGAGGAGGAGAGAGCGUGCAGACUGGCCUCUGAAAGCCAACAGCAGAUGCUCCGCAAAGAUCUGCCUCCACUCAUCGUGAUCAGAAACACACCUGCGACCGUGUGCGGACAGGAGGACAGAUCGUCGCCUGUGUCCAGACCUGACUCGGGUCGCUUUAACUCGUUACUUCAGCAGAAACUGCUGGAGAGCAAUGCACGACUGUGCACUGACAUCAACCAAAGCAUGAAACAGGUGUAUCAGAACGCUGCCAGGGACAUAAGACAGGCCACCACUCAUCUCAACAACUCUCAGACAGGCAUCAUCAACGCGUCCCACAGCAUUAGACUCAUUCUAGAGGACCUGAAGUUCGUGUCUGAGAAGAUUGACAUCAUUACGAGCUGUCAUCUGCUGCCGGACAUCACCAUGCCAAACCCCGUAUCUGGACAAUCGUAAUCUAAUGCUUGAGAGUAAGUUGAGACAGCUUUAAAUGGCAUAUGGGCCCGUUGUUGAGGGUCCAAUAAAAGCCACAACUUGGA